CCAUCCUCCACCUGUGUCCCCACGUGCCACCCGUCCCCUCCUGUCCCCACGUGCCACCCGUCCCCGCCCCUCCGCAGCUCAAGUUCAAAGUUCAAACUCCACGGGGCCACAUCGGGGACGAACAGGGACCGGUGACAGCCCCACAGCGGUGGGGACGAGGGGACGCAGCCACACCGGUGACACCGGGCACCGCAGCCCAGGUACCAGAGGGCACCGCUCCUCCUCCCCGUGGGUCGGUGUGUGGGGCUGGUGCGACGUGGGGACGCGGUGGCUUUGAGGGGACAAGCAGGGGACGCCGCGUUGGGGCAGCACCAUGUGUCGCACGGCGGAAACAUCACCCUCCGUGCUGCAGGUGCUGUCCCCACCGUGGUCCCCUCGCCCCUGGUGGCACUGCCCGUGGUGAACCCAUCCCCUGGUGGCACCGUCCCUUGGUGGCACUGUCCCUGGUGGCACUGUCCCCGUCCCCAGCCAUGUCCCUGCCCAGCCUCUCGGAUCCGGACAGCCCCGGGCCGCAGCGCAGUCCCCACGUCACCGAUGUCACCGAGGACGUGGAGGAGGUGAAGGUGUGCGCUGUGUGCGGGGACCGCGCCACCGGGUACCACUUCCACGUGAUGAGCUGCGAGGGAUGCAAGGGCUUCUUCAGGCGCUCCAUCCUCAAGGGUGUGCACUUCACGUGCCCCUUCGCGCGGAGCUGCCCCAUCACCAAGGCCAAGCGCCGGCAGUGCCAGGCGUGCCGCCUGCAGAAGUGCCUCGACGUGGGGAUGAGGAAGGACAUGAUCAUGUCGGAGGAGGCCCUGGGCCGGCGCCGGGCGCUGCGGCUGCAGCGAAGAUUGGCACAGGCACAGCCCGGGGGGCUGACGGCGGAGCAGCAGGAGCUCAUCAGCAUCCUCAUCGCCGCGCACAAGCGCACCUUCGACUCCAGCUUCUCCCAGUUCCAGCACUACCAGCCCGCCGUGCGCCUCUGCAUCCCCGGCCCGUGCUCCCCGAGCCCACCCGGACUGGGCGUCCCUUCGGCGUCCCAGUCUCCGCAGUUGGAGUGUCUGGACGAGGACGUGCUGCCCGACGUCUUCUCCAUCCUGCCCCACUUCGCCGACCUCAGCACCUUCAUGAUCCAGCAGGUCAUCAAAUUCGCCAAGGAGAUCCCGGCGUUCAGGGGUCUGCCCAUCGACGACCAGAUCUCGCUGCUCAAAGGUGCCACGCUGGGGAUCUGCCAGAUCCAGUUCAACACAGUGUUCAACGAGGAGACCAACGCCUGGGAGUGCGGGCAGCACUGCUUCACCAUCAAGGACGGAGCGCUGGCCGGCUUCCAGCAGAUCUACCUGGAGCCGCUGCUCAAAUUCCACAUCAGCCUGAAGAAGCUGCGGCUGCACGAGGCUGAGUACGUCCUGCUGGUGGCCAUGCUGCUCUUCUCGCCAGACCACGCCAGCGUCACCCAACGGGAUUUCAUCGACAAACUGCAGGAGAAGGUGGCCCUCACGCUCAAGAGCUACAUCGACCACCAGCACCCCAUGCCCGAGGGCAGGUUCCUCUACGCCAAGCUGCUGCUGCUGCUGACCGAGCUGCAGACGUUGAAGAUGGAGAACACGCGGCAGAUCCUACACAUCCAGGACCUGUCCAGCAUGACGCCGCUGCUCUCCGAAAUCAUCAGCUGAAGGCCGCCGAGCCGCCGUCCCCACGCCCACGCCAGGCUCCAUCGCACUUUACAGGGCAGAGUAAAGCUCUUUUAUUUUUCCAGGCUCUGUGGGUGCGCGUGUGGGCACUUCCAGCCCCUCCCUG